UUCCCUCCAACCUCACGCCCAACUCCUCCUCCAGUAUAUAGAGAGAGAACCACACACACCCCCACACACUCUCUCUCUCUCUCUCAGAGGCAGGCGUGCUUCCAAGUUUUGAUUACAGUCCUCUCCUUCUGCUAUCAUCAAAUGAGUGCUCCUGUCUCUACUGUUCCCAUAUUCCCCCACCUCAUGCCAACAAAACACCGCCCUACUGUUUCUGUUUCUGUUUCUGUUUCUGAUACAUGAUUCUGUUUGCCGCCAUUGUUAGUUACUCUCUCUCCCCUUGCAGCUUUUGGUUCUCUCUAAGCAGACAGUAAAGUUUUCUUCCGUCCCUUUUUCUUGAUUUAUAAGAAUCAUGGUGGAGAGGUAUAGUUAUAAACGGGAGACUGAAAUCUCGCACUAUUCUCACCGGAGUUCGUCCAACAAUCCGUCCUUCUCUUCCACCCUGCUGGAUGCUAUUUAUCGCUCCAUUGAUCAGGGAGAGGAGGAAGUGGUGAUUUACAGGGAAGCCAUGAGGAAGAAGCAGAGUUUUGGUUCUGAGGCUGCUGGUGGUGGUGGUGCUAACGUGCGCGGGGUGUUUAAGAGUGAGGAGGAAAUGGCGAAUUUCCAGCGGGCUUGCAUGAUCGAGAAGUGGAUGGAGAAGAAGGUGAGUGAGAAGGUUGUCGUACGGAGAAAAUCUGAUUUGCAGACGAAGAAGCCGCGAAAGGAACGAGAGCAUUCCAGCUCGAGUUCCUCCGAUUCAAGCAGUGGCGGCGGCGGCGGCGGUUUUUUCUCCUCCUCGGAAGCGGAAUCGUUUCCGGUGCAGAGGCCGAAGCCGGUUCGGACUGGAGGUUUGGGGUUUGACAAGGAGAAACUCGGUAAAAACCAUCGCGAUUUGGAGUUCAACAGACGCGAUAGACGUGGUCUCGGGGACGAAUUGGAGCAGAAGCCGAAGAAUGAAGGCGGAUUUUCGAAGACGAAAUCGCGCGCACUGAAAAUCUACGGCGAUUUGAAGAAGGUAAAGCAGCCAAUUUCUCCCGGAAGCAAGCUCGCCGGCUUUUUGAACUCUCUCUUCACCGGAGGAAAUCUGAAGAAACCUAAAAUCGCUGGUAAUGGAGAUAUUGAUUCUCCGUCAUUAAAAUCCACCAACGCUUCCACCUGUUCGUCGGCUUCCUCAUUCUCGAGAUCCUGUCUCAGCAAAACGCCGUCUUCGAGAGGAAAAUCCUCCGCCGGGACAAAGAGAUCCGUCCGCUUUUCCCCGGUGAGCGUGAUCGUGGACGAGGACUGCCAGCCAUGUGGCCAAAAAUCAGUACACGAGUCAAACAACAACAGAAAACAAGCUUCAAAUUACGAGGUGGCCAAGAACAAGCACAUGAACAGCAUCCGAACAGUGAUCAAGGAAGAGCUGAUGGUCCAUGUAAUGGAGAAAAAUCGGCGAGUAGAGGAGGUGGCGAGAGAUUUACUAAGGAAUUACCAGCGGAAAAAUCAUAAAGUUGGGUACGAACAUGAACCAGCAUUCGAUGUGAAAAACCUAGAUAUGGAUGAAGAAGAGGAGAAGGAAGAAAUAGAAGAUACGGCGAGUUACGCAAGUUCAGAUUUGUUCGAGUUGGAUAAUCUUUCAGCCAUCGGAAUGGAGCGGUACGGAGAAGAAUUGCCAGUUUACGAGACGACUCAUCUCCACACAAAUCGAGCUAUUGCAAAUGGCUUGAUUUUGUAUUAAUUAAUUAAUUAUAUAUGACCAACAAAUAUAUAUAUAUAAUAUUAAGAGUAUUAAUUUGUAAGUUUUGUUGUAUUUUCAUUACAAGUAACUGUGCGCAGGUGUGGGGGUUAAUUUACAUAUCAAGAGAAAUGAAAUUUCUCUCUUAAUAAUAUUUUCAUUCUAAUUUUGCUUCCAUCUUAAUUACAUUUGA